CGCUUUGAUUUUGGGACUUUUUUCUUCCAAUUCAUAUCCGGCAGCGUGACGUCACGAUUUACCUGUGGGUGGGUGAAGGGUUUUGGAAUUAGCUGUAGCCGCAGGUAAUAACCCAGCACUGGAAGACUCGGGAACCCAAGCCUGUGGUGUGGAAUUAAUCAAAAAAGGACACAACAUUGAUCGGAACCGGUGGCUCGAUGCGUUGUGUGUACUCUCUGUGUGGGCCUGCUCGGAGAGACUCACAUAACCCGACUUGACUCGAAACAUUUCUUUCUUCUAAGAUCGAGAGAGAAGUUUGUCUUUGAGACUUCCGCGGUCUCUUGGUCGCUGCUUAAGUUAUCCGGGCAAAAACAAUCAAGACUUUCCCGCUUAUGCGCUCUUAGACACUCUUGCGCCAUGCCUGGCCACAACACGGGGGCAUCCCACACGGCCCGCCACCAUAAAGCACACAUCCACAGCUCCAGAACCGAGCGGUACCGCCAGGACCGGAAUGUAUCCCGGGAGAACAACACCAGCCAAGAGUCCUACAAGGACCCCCAUCAUGGAGAACACACGAAAGACCCGCAGCACAGCUACCCCUCGCGCUACUCAGAGAACCCCCACGGCCGCCGGGGCCACGCGCGGAACACCAACGGCAGGGGCUCGGAGACCAUCGGGUUCAUCCCCGGCUCGGCGGACAACGCCGCCGGCGGCAGGCACUCCUGCGGCUCCUGCACCUCCAUCGGCUGGGGCAGCUGCAAGAGCCUCAUCUGCUGCGUGCUCACCUGCGGCUUCUACGGCAGCCGGGAGCCCUGCCUGCCGGUGAACGAGAGCACCACGGACCCCCCGUCCAAACCGGGCGGCGGCGGCGGCGGCGAGGCCCACGGCGCCCACGGUACCAACGGCAUGAACCUGUCCAACCCCACCAGCGGCAUCGCCGUGGAGCCCGCGCGGCCAGUCGCCAAGCCCUCCAAGCUGCCCACCAGCGACAGCUUCCGCUACCCGGACGUGCGCAUCGGGGGCCACACGGUGGUGUACCCCUACCCGGCGCCCAAGCACGCCCACAAGACCAACAAGGGGAACAACAACAGCCAGCGCCCCGUGAGCGACACCAGCGUGUACUCCCGCGAGGACCUGGACCUGGACGACCUGAGCGACACGGGCACGGACAUCGACUCGCUCAUCACCAAGAAGCUGCUGGAGCUGUACGCGCUGCACCAGAUCGACCAGCUGGCCAAGUGCACCUCGGACUCGUCCUUCUCCCGCAAGACCAACGAGAUCAGCGAGCUCAUCUACAGCAUCGCCCAGGACUACAACCUGGAGAAGCAGGAGGCCGAGUGCAAGCUGGUGCACGGCGUCAUCCGCAUCAGCACGCGCAAGAGCAAGAGGAACAAGAAUCCCCCGCUCCCCUCCGCCGCCGUCGCCGCCGCUGCGCCCCAGCGGCCGUACGAACGCAGCGACAGGACGCUGCCCGACAGCGGCAACGAGACCAUGACCUUCAUGAGCAGCGACAUGCCCGAGGUCAAAGUGUCGGAGCUGACGUCUUCAGACGAACUCGCCAGAAAGAUGAGAUACUACAGCGGGAGAACGCUGUCGUCCGGCUCCUACCAGCAGGACACCCAGACGGAUUCCUCGGGAGCGCCGCUGCUGGAGGUCCUCUGAGCGCCCCACCGCGACCGAGAGGCCCCUUCCUACUGCUUCCCUCGGGGGGGGCGGCCCGUUCCUGCAAGGGAUCCCUGCUCCCGCUGACGUUGUUUUAACCCCGCCCGCAUGCGGAGCUGAUGCUGCUACUGACGCACGCGGUGGACGUUUUUUGGUCAGCGCUGCGGUUGGCUAGCGCUGCGGUGCCACGAGGAACGCUCUAGCCCCAGUGGCGUCAACGUCCAGACGAACCGAACCGCCAGUAUUCCACGAGUGGACUUCUUCUUUUUUUUCUUUUUUCUUUUUUAUACUUUGAUCCAAGUUUUUUUUAUUUUUUUUAUACAGGUAGCAAAACUCUAAACCCUAAUGCGAAGACUCUGGUCCUAUAGGACGGACCCUUAGGGUCAUGUGGUUCUAG